AGCGAGGAGAAGCCCCCCCGCCAUGAACACCAGCAAACAUCUAUGGGCGGGGGCCAUCGCGGCUAUGGUUUCCAGAACUAUCGUUGCGCCAUUAGAGCGGCUAAAGCUGGAAUACAUAGUUCGAGGUGAAGAGAGGAAUCUGAUCGAGCUCGUCACGUCGAUAGCGACGACUCAGGGAUUGAGAGGUUUCUGGAAGGGGAAUUUGCUCAACAUUCUCAGAACAGCUCCUUUCAAAGCCAUCAACUUUUGCGCAUACGAUUCUUACAGAAAGCAAUUGCUCAGAGUCACUGGGAAUAAAGAAGCCACGAAUUUCGAGAGAUUCAUAGCCGGAGCUGCUGCCGGAAUCACUGCCACUGUCCUCUGCUUGCCACUUGACACUGUUCGAACCAAACUAGUGGCUCGGGGUGGAGAAGCCUUAGGAGGAAUCGCAGGGGCUUUCCGUUAUAUGAUCCAAACCGAAGGAGUCUUGUCCCUCUACAAGGGUCUAGUCCCGUCCAUCGCAAGCAUGGCUCCAUCGGGUGCAGUGUUCUAUAGUGUCUACGACAUUCUUAAGUCAGCCUAUCUUCAUUCACCAGAGGGUCAGAAAAGACUUCACGACAUGAAGCAGCAGGGACAGGAGCUCAAUGCUCUGGACCGACUCGAGUUAGGACCGAUCAGGACAUUCUUGUACGGAGCCAUAGCCGGAGCUUGUGCUGAAGCAACCACGUACCCCUUUGAAGUGGUGAGACGACAGCUCCAGCUGCAGGCAGGUAGAAACCAGCUUGGCACUUUAGCCACGGGCUUGAAGAUCAUCGAGAGAGGAGGGAUCCCGGCAUUGUACGCUGGACUUUUACCGAGCUUGCUCCAGGUAUUGCCCUCAGCUGCAAUAAGUUACUUUGUCUACGAGUGUAUGAAGAUUGUUCUCAAAGUAGAAUGACAAGUCUGCAAAUUUAAACAUGGAGUAACAUCUCCGGAUUCGAGAGAUUUUUUAAUCGGAAGAAAUUAUGUUAAAGAGGAUCAUUCACAGCUCAAAGCUCAGAUGGUACAGUCUUUUGGCAAAUGGUAAAUAAGAUCUCCAGAAGAA